CGUGAUCUCCGCGAUCGUCGCGUCGUGAUUUGGUGGUGUAUGAGAGUGUGUGAGAGAGCGCGCGCGCGUGUGUGUGUUGCAAAAUAAAGGAAACGUGGUGUCGUACGGAGGUGGGAACCCGUCGUUCUCGGACACGAUCAGGUGUGUUUACGCUCUCUCCAUGGUCCUUCUGCCGGGCUCGCCGUUGUCCGCACACACCCUCCUCCCGCCUCGCCGGUAGCAUAAUUCCACGCGCUUUUCGCCCGUUUUCGUGUAUCCGGCCGAUAGACACGCCGCUGCCGCUGCCGAAGCCGCCGACAUCGCUCGCCGUUUCGACGUUGCCGCGCGCCUCUCCGCGUCGCUUAAUUCACCGGCGAUCGAGCGAGGAUUUAUGGUCGAUCGAUGACACCGGCACGCAGCCGUGAAGUUGGAACCGGAAGUUGACCGCUGGACAAGCUCGCACACGGGAAACGAACGAACGGACGGCGGCGACUCGCGUUCGACUCGCUCGACGCGUGGCACUCGACGCCCGGCACGCGCGAUCCCGCGACCCGGAAUCACUCGCCGUUUAUCCACGAUUUUUCGAUCGAUAAACCGGCCGGCGCCGACCGGCUGGAUACUGCGGGAGAAGCGGACCGGAACUAUCUGCUGACGCGUACACGCUCGCCGCUUCCGGAGGACCGCGUGGACCGACCGGGGUUUGUUACUGCCGGUCGAGGUGUUCUCCUUCCUCACGGACAUCUUCAAGAAAAUGUCGUCGAUGCGAACACAAUCGACCGCCGGCGGCGGCGUGGUCGGCCUGAGCAGCGUCGGCUCGGAUCGGACCGGCGCUACCUCGACCGCCGGUGGUUCUCAUUCGCACUCCCACCGGAAGCACCACCACCAUCACAGAAGCCGUAGCGCGCCGCGGGCGCAGGAGAAGCCGCCGCGGAAGCGCCAUCUUAACACCGGGCACAGCCUCGCCUCCAUUCCCAACCAGAUCAAGCUGUCGAUGCUGAACAGCGGCCUCAUCUCGUUCGCCACGGAGGAACUUGGUAGCAGCAUGAGCCCCACCCUGCCGUCCGCGCCCACCGAGCUUUCCCAGUUCCCUAAGCUCUGCGAGCUGCGCCGAAAGUUUCCAGUCCUGUACCGCGUCGAGUUCCAGAUAGCGACCAAGGUGGAAACGCAUUCGUGCAGGCACGCCACGAAGCCGGCGAACAAAGAGAAGAAUCAGAACCAAAGAUGUAUUCCAUACGACUACAACAGAGUGGUCUUGGACACGAUAGAAGGCGAACCCGACUCCGAUUACGUAAACGCGUCUUACGUUGACAGUAUAUUGCAACCGAACGCGUACAUCGUCACACAGGGACCCACAGAGACCACCGUCACCGAAUUUUGGCGGAUGGUCUGGCAGGAGAAAGCCUGCUGCAUCGUUAUGCUGACGAAGACCUUCGACUUUAUUCGGGUGAUGUGCGUCCAAUAUUGGCCGGCGAGCAAAGACAAGGACGAGGAGUACGGCGGGAUCGGGGUCUCCGUGCUGAAGGAGGAGGAGCUCGCCAAUUUUCACAUACGGACGAUAAGGCUUUACAAGAAGAACGAGAACGACGAGGUAACGGAGGAAAGAACAUUGUUGCAAUUCCAUUACACAGAAUGGCACUCUCACACGUGCCCUUUUGGAAACGCGGUUCUGGAAUUUCGUCGGCGGGUACGAGCCGUCGUCGGCCCCACGAGGAAGAACGAAUCCGGCCCGAUGGUCGUCCAUUGCAAUGACGGAGGCGGCCGGUCAGGGGUGUAUCUAGCGAUAGACGCGAACAUGGAACUGGCCGAGGAGGAGCACGCUUUCGACGUAUUCGGAUACUUGAAGAAGUUGCGGCAAAGCAGACGGGGACUCAUCGAGGAUAUGGAACAGUACAAAUUCGUGUACGACACGUUAGAGGAAUUCGUGGUCUGCGGGACAUCAUGGUUCCCGGUGUCGGAGCUGUCCCAACGUCUCAAGCAGAAGAGCGUAAAAAAUCCAAUAACCAAGAUGAACGACUAUCAGCGGGAAUACCAGCAAAUUUGUAAGCAAACGCCCCGUUUUACGAUCGGAGAUUGCGCCGGAGGCCACAGGGCCGACAACAGAGAGAAGAACAGGGACGUUCUAAUAGUGCCACCUGACAACUUCCGACCAUACCUCACCAGUUUCCAGGGUAACAAUUACACUGACUAUAUAAAUGCCGUCUUCGUGGACGGCUACACGAAGCCAAGGGAGUACAUCGUCACGGAAUGGCCACUUCGACACACGUGCGGCGAGUUCUGGUCCCUGGUUUACGACUACGAGUGUGCAGCCGUGGUGGUUCUGUGCGUGCCGCCGCCCGGCUCCACGAAUUUCCCAAGUUUUUGGCCGGAGGGGAAACACUCGAAGAAAUACGGUCCUGUAUUCACCAUCGAUCACAUCAGUCACAAUCACUACACGAACAUCAAGACCUGGAUCUUCAGGAUAAACAAGAAAAUUGUGUCGCUGACGGAACUUAUGGCCGGCGUUAAAGCUCCACCGAAGACGGUUCAGCUGUUCCAGCUGACCUGUUGGCCGAUGGGUCACAAAGUUCCAACGUCGACGAACAGCCUGGUGGAGCUGAUGAACAUGGUUGAGAGAUGGAGACAACGAACGGAUUACGGGCCGGUGGCGGUGGUCUCCCCCGAUGGAAGAAGUCGUUGCGGCGUUUAUUGCGCCGCGAAUGCUUGUAUAGAGCAAGUAAUCCAGCACGGGGAAGUGGACAUCUUUCAAGCAGUGAAAACUGUGCGCAGACACAGGCCUCAGCUGGUGGAGAACAUGACGGAGUACAAGUACUGCUACGACCUGGUGCUCCACUACGUGCUACACUAUCUCAAUAAAGACAUGAACGAAAAGAAGUGAGAAAGCGAGUUGAGGGACGAGCUGUGGUUCAUCGAGUUCGGCCGCGGAGCGGCGUUGCCGUUGACGCCGGAGGAGGCGCCGGCGGACGGGGAGCCGAUGGUG